AAUGCCACGCAACAUAAGCCGCACACUCCACCGCAUUGGGCAGCAGAUUACUAGGCCGAGAAGAUGGAAGCACUCCGGCCGUUAUCCAUAACGGCCGUGGCGGCGCUUCUCCGUGCUCCCCCCGUGCCGAUUUCUACCUUCGUUGGUACUGGUAGGGAAGUGGGCGGUAGGCGAGGGAAGAGUGUGAGAGCUGGCGCAGGCUGGCUGUGGGGCCUGCUGGGCCGGAAGGGCGGCGGCGGUGCGCCCACGGCGAUGACGGUGACACCAGGGACCGUGAAGGCCGGCGAUCCCGUGCUUCACGAGCCGGCACAGGAGGUGUCCCCUGGGGACGUGCCUUCCGAGAAGAUCCAGGGCGUCAUCGAUCAGAUGAUCGCUGUGAUGCGCAAAGCCCCUGGCGUUGGCCUCGCCGCCCCACAGAUCGGCGUGCCUUUGAAGAUUAUUGUUCUCGAGGACACCCAAGAAUACAUCAGCUAUGCUUCCAAGGAGGACAUCGAUGCACAGGAUCGCCGUUCCUUUGAUCUUCUUGUGGGUAUAUUCUUCCGUAUGGAACUUUGUUCACCACCCAUUACUGUUGUUAGGCUUGAGCACCUUCUCAUGGCUCAUGCCCUUUUAUGUUUCUUGUCCCCCCUAAGCCAGGUUGUUAUCAAUCCCAAGCUUAGGAAGACGAGUAAAAGAACUGCACGUUUCUAUGAAGGAUGUCUUAGUGUCGAUGGAUAUAGAGCGGUUGUUGAGCGUCAUUUGGAUGUUGAGGUUUCGGGUUUCGACCGAAAUGGACAUCCCAUGAAGGUGGAGGCAUCAGGAUGGCAGGCACGCAUUCUGCAGCAUGAGUGUGAUCACCUCGAAGGCACAUUAUAUGUUGACAAGAUGGUUCCGAGGACAUUCAGGACAGUUGAUAACUUGAAUCUGCCACUUGCCACUGGAUGUCCUCCUCUAGGUGCAUGAUAGCAUUGAUGACAUUCUAGUUUUUCUAUUCAAGUAUAGGUAAUCGUUUGUAGUAUUUGCAACUUUUUUGCUCCAGUGCAAUAUCAUAAUAUGUCUUUACCCAUUUAUUGUCAUGGAUGUACAUCAUGUGGUGAUACACAUGCAAAUAAUUGCUGCUUUGUAAAUCUAGUUGUCAAAUGUCAACCAAUGGUGACACUCUUUGAAUGUAACAUGAUCGGUACAUGACUUUUGAAACAAGAAGUUGCCAUUUUAUCUA